UUUUUUUUUUUUAAAUAUACAUACACAUCAUAUAUAUAUUUAAAUGACAUCUUCACGUUUUGACUGGUUUUUCUCGCCAUUAGUUCAAGUCUCCUUUUUAGGAUUUGUUUGUCUUUGUUGUCCUGGUAUCUUCAAUGCUCUCAAUGGAUUAGGUGCUGGUGGUUCUAUGAGUUCCAAUGUGACUCUAGUGGAUUCUGCUAAUGGUGCUCUUUAUGGUUGUUUCUGUAUUGUGGGUUUUUUUGCUGGUUCUAUUGUCAAUCAACUUGGUAUUCGUUCUUGCUUAACGAUCAGUUCUUUGGGUUACGCUCUGUAUUCCGCAUCCUUAUGGGUAUAUGACCGUAAACAAGUGUCUGGAUUUGUGAUUGCUGCUGGUGCUAUUCUUGGAUGUUGUGCUGCUGUCUUCUGGGCUGCUCAAGGGGCAAUCAUGAUGGCUUAUCCUGAUGAAAAGAACAAGGGUAAAUUUGUUGCCAUCUUUUGGGCGUUAUUCAAUAUUGGUGGUAUCCUUGGUUCUGUAAUUAGUUUAGGAAUGAACAUCAACAAUUCGGCUGGAGGUGUUACCACUGGAACAUAUACAGCUUUCGUUGUGAUUAUGCUUAUUGGUACCGUGAUUUCUCUUGGUCUUGCUCCUCCCACUCGUGUCAUACGCUCCGACGGUUCUUAUGUGGCAGUGGUACAUCAUACAAGCUGGAAGGAUGAAUUGAAAGGCGCGAUGAAUGUGUGGCGUGAAUGGCGUAUGGUUGCUUUGUUCCCUGCUUUUUUGGCAAGUAACUGGUUUUAUUCUUAUCAAUUCCGUGUCAAUGCUGUUUACUUUGAUUCUGCCACCCGUGCUUUGAAUGGUACAAUGUAUUGGGGUAUGCAAAUCUUUGCCUCUCUCGCUGUCGGUGCUUUGUUGGAUUAUCAAGGCUUUUCUCGUCGUACCCGUGGUCUAUUGACAUUAGCUAUCAUGUUCUGUAUCAUCUUAGCCGUAUGGAUUGGUGGCUUCAUCUUCCAAUUGACAUUCGACAAUAGCUAUGAUUCCCCUAUUCAUUGGACAACGGAUGGUUUUGGUGGACCUUUUGUCUUGUAUAUGUUGUAUGGUUUCUCGGAUGCUAUGUAUCAAUCCUACUUGUAUUGGUUGAUGGGUGCCAUGUCAAAUGAUCCUACUAUUCUUGCCCGUUAUGCUGGUUUUUAUAAGGCUUUGCAAAGUGCUGGUGCUGCUAUUUCUUUUGGUAUUGAUGCUUGUGAUAUUCCUUUGAAGUGGGAAUGCUUGAUCAGCUGGAUUUUGGUCAUGGUUUCUUUUCCCUUCAUGUUAAUGGUCGCUAGUAAGAUUCCCGAUACCAAUGUUAUUCCAGAACAUGAUGAUGUUCUCUCUAUCAAGGAUGCAAAGACUGAAAUCAACGAUAGACCAUUUGAUGAAAAACAUGCCUAGUAGCUUAGUAUUUUAUUUUUAGUUGUUUUUUUUUAUUACUUAUAUACGUAUAUAUAUAUAUAGAUAGAUAUCCUUGAUUUUUAUGUUUUACAUUUUCUUUUUUGCCAUAGUAGUAUUUAUUAUCAUUGUAGUUCC